AGGCGGGUGAGAGGUUGGAGUUCAGGGGUCGCGGCUUGGGAUUUCACGUUGCUGUCAGUGACAGGAUCCCUCAUGCUCUAUAACUAGCGAAGCGUCAGACUACAAAACACAAGAAAAAAAGACCGAUCUGAGGCCGAGCAAAGCGUCAAGAGACAAAGAGAAGAGCAGCCCUGAGGUCCCUGGAUGCCCCCUGGAUCCCCCCCCUUGACCCCCCUGCGUACCCCAAUGUAUGCCAGGUGACCCCCAGGAUGACCCUGAGUGAGCGGCUCCGCCAGAAGAUCUCAGGCGCCUUCUAUCGACACGGCCUGUUGUGCGCCUCUUACCCUGUUCCCAUUAUCCUCUUCACUGCCAUCUGCAUCCUUGCCUGCUGCUACCCUCUUCUGAAGCUGCCUCUGCCCGGGACUGGCCCAGAGGAGUACACGACAGCUGUGCGGGACUACAGCCCUCCCCCCUCCGACCCCCGCCCCCUACAGACGGACCCCAGCGACAGGCCAGACUGGUACGUGGGUCCGCCGGUGGCCUAUAUCCAGCAGGUCCUGGUGAAGGCCGUGGUGUCUCCGUGGGACCAGAGCCUCCUUCCCGUGGACAUCUUCCGCUCUCCCCUGGCACAGGUCUUCCAGCUUGUUGAGGAGAUUCGCAACCAUGUGCACAGAGACAGUACCGGCUCUCACAGCCUGGAUGAGCUGUGUCUCCAGGUGACAGACUUGCUGUCUGGGCUGAAGAAGGUGCAGAGCCAGCUACCGGAGCACGGCUGCCUGCUCAUCUCUCCCGGAAACUUCUGGCAGAAUGAGCGUGAGCGAUUCGACUCCGACGCGGACAUCAUCCGCACCGUGCACCAGCACGAGCCCAAGGGCCUGCACACCUCUGCCACAGUCAAAGAUUUGCUGUUUGGAGUUCCAGGGAAGUACAGCGGGUUGAGCCUGUACAACAGGAAGCGGGUAGUGUCCUACACCAUCACCAUUGCAUUGCAGAGCUACCAUGCCAGGUUCCUGAGUAGCCUGCGCUCCCGGCUCAAGCAGCUCCACCCCAGUGUGAACUGCAGCCUGCGCGAGGACCAGAUGGUGCAUGUCCACUUCAAAGAGGAGAUUGGCAUCGUGGAGCUCAUCCCCCUCGUCACCACAUAUAUCAUCCUCUUCGCUUACAUCUACUUCUCCACACGGAAGAUCGACAUGGUGAAGUCCAAGUGGGGUCUGGCCCUGGCGGCUGUGGUGACGGUGCUGAGCUCUCUGCUCAUGUCAGUCGGUCUCUGCACGCUCUUCGGACUCACGCCCACACUCAACGGAGGGGAGAUCUUCCCCUACCUGGUGGUGGUGAUCGGCCUGGAGAACGUGCUGGUCCUCACCAAGUCUGUGGUGUCCACCCCUGUCGACCUGGAGGUCAAGCUGCGCAUUGCACAAGGUCUGAGCAACGAGAGCUGGUCCAUCAUGAAGAACAUGGCCACAGAGCUGGGCAUCAUCCUGAUUGGCUAUUUCACUCUCGUCCCGGCUAUCCAGGAGUUCUGCCUGUUCGCUGUGGUUGGCCUAGUCUCAGAUUUCUUCCUGCAGAUGUUUUUCUUCACCACCGUCCUCUCCAUCGAUAUCCGACGUAUGGAGCUUGCAGACUUGAACCGGCGCCUCCCUGCCGAGGCCUGUCUGACUUCCCCUAAGCCCUCAACUUUGUGCCCACGCGAGGCCCAGCAGCAGCGGUACGAGAGGCCGCCCCCCCUGCGCCCCUCCACCCCCCACACCAUCACCCUGCAGCCCUCCUCCUUCCGAAACCUCAGGCUGCCCAAGAGACUGCGCGUCAUCUACUUCCUGGCCAGGACCCGCCUCGCUCAGCGCAUCAUUAUGGCUGGCACAGUGAUCUGGAUUGGGAUCCUGGUGUACACAGACCCAGCCGGUCUGCGCACCUACCUAGCAGCCCAGGUGUCUGAGCAGAGUCCCCUUGGCGAGUCAGGGGGGCUGCCCCCACUUUCGGUGCCCCCUGUGUUUCCUGGGGGGGACCCUGAGAGCACACUGACAGUGCUGCCCCACCCUGAGCCCACCCCCCUGUUGGAGAACCAUUCCCGGGACCAACCACGCCCCCCCUGGACCAGUCAGAGAGAUCAGCCCCCUGGCCAAGACAACACUCCCGAGAUCUCCUGGAGCCCCCCUGACGAGGAGACCUGGAGGAGGCUGUCUUUCAGACACUGGCCCUCCCUUUUCAGCUACUACAACAUCACACUGGCCAAGAGGUACAUAAGCAUCCUGCCAGUGAUCCCCGUCUCGUUUUACUUGAGUGCUCAGGAAGCUGUGGAGGCCAGACACCCCCAGGACGCGCAGCGCUUCCACUCCCCCUUCCCAGGUUUCGACAUGCGGGCGGACCAAGCCCCUGAGCCCAAUGGCAAGACCCUGAGUCAGCCUGACUUCACUUUGUACAAGGUGGCUGCUCUGGGUCUGGCAGCAGGGGUGGUCUUGGUGCUGCUGUUGUUCUGUCUGUACCGGGUCCUGUGUCCACGCAACUACGGUCAGAAUGGGUUGUCCCACGGGCGACGACGGCGCGGAGAGCUGCCCUGUGAUGACUACGGCUAUUCCCCCCCCAUCAGCGAGAUCUCCCCCCUGCUGCUGCGCGGGCACCACAUGGAUAUUGAGUGCCUGGCCAGUGAUGGUAUGCUGCUGGUGAGCUGCUGUCUGGCCAGACAGAUCCGUGUGUGGGACGCACAGACAGGAGACUGCCUCACUGUCAUCCCUGACCCCAGGCUAUGCCGGAGUAGCAGUGGGGUGUGGGAGCGCCAGGAGAACUGUGAGCCAGAGCCCGAGGAGGAGGGGCUGGAGGCUGUAGUGGGGGGCUACCCGCUCAGGAGGAGGCUGCUCCCCUCCAGGCCCAUCCUAUUUGGAGACCAGCCUGACCUCACCCCGCUCAUCGACACCAAUUUCUCUGAGCAGCCCACUUGCCCGGGGCACGCCAGCAAGGGGGCCAGCGGGGGCUUCCACUUUGGGGGGCAGGUGGAGAGAGCCUACGAGGAACAUGGGGCCACCACCCCCAACUUGCAGGGCUACCCUCCUUCCCCUGCCCCCUGCUCCCCUUGUCGGAGACGCAGCCAGGGGGACGAGCCCCUGUGCAGCCCCGAUCCCCGUCCCGCCACCUGUCUGUCUGCCGACCCUGGGGAUUGGGACAGCGCAGUGUGGGCUCUGGACCUGCAGGGGAGCCUUAUUGCAGCCGGCCGCAGCAGCGGAAAGCUGGAGCUCUGGGACGCAGUAGAAGGCUGUCUGCACUGCAGUAACGAGGAGGGCAAGUCUGGGAUCACUGCCCUUGUCUUCCUCAACAACAGAAUUGUAGCUGCCAGGCUGAACGGAUCGUUAGAUUUCUUUACUGUGGAUAUCAACAAACCCAUGAACCUACUGCAGUACAGAGGAACAUCCAAUCAUGGCAGCAUGCCCCCUUCCCCCUGCUACAGCAGUGAUGAUGUCAUCUGCUGUCGGCUGACCCACUCGGUGCACUGUGCCCACCAGAAGCCAAUCACAGUGCUGCGUGCAGCAGCAGGGCGGGUCGUGACGGGCAGCCAGGACCACACAGUGCGGGUGUACCGGCUCGAAGACUCGUGCUGCCUCUUCACGCUGCAGGGUCACUCUGGGGGGAUCACUGCAUUGUAUAUCGACCAGACAAUGGUUUUGGCCAGCGGGGGUCAGGAUGGAGCUAUCUGUCUGUGGGACGUCCUGACAGGGAGCCGUGUCAGUCACAUGUACGGGCACCGCGGCGAUGUCACUUCCCUCAUCUGCACCUCUUCCUGUGUGAUCAGCAGUGGCCUGGAUGACCUCAUCUGUAUUUGGGACCGAAGCACUGGGAUUAAACUGUACUCCAUCCAGCAGGAAGUUGGCUGCGGCGCCAGUCUGGGUGUGAUCUCGGAGAGCCUCCUAGUGACGGGAGGCCAGGGCUGCGUCUCCUUCUGGGACCUCAGCUACGGGGACUUGCUGCAGACUGUGUACCUGGGCAAGAGCAAUGAGGGCCAGGGGGUGCGGCAGCUCAGAGUGCUGGACAACGCAGCCAUCGUGUGCGACUUCGGGAGUGAGCUGAGCCUGGUGUAUGUGCCCUCCGUGCUGGAGAAACUGGACUGAGCAAGAGGCACUGACCGACUACACCCCGACACAGGACAGGACGAGACAGGCAGGGGGGCUCAGACCCACAGUACUGAGCUUUGAGACUCCUGGCGCAUGAACCCUGCUUUCCAUGUUAAAAACAAGAAUGUAGACCAGCCUCAAGCAGAUUUUUAUAGACAGUUUUAAGUCCUGUUCCAUACAGAACCAGUGCAGAAGAUCGGGGUGUCUGUGAGCAGUUCUAAACACAGACCAGCUCUGUCUCUGCAUUGUAUCCCUGUGUGUAUCCCAUUACACCUUCCGACCUGUAGUGGUGGGAUUCUGUCUGAUGCAAAGAGCUACCUUAGUGAGAAUCUGCGUUUUUAGAACUUUUUUUUUUUUUU